ACUCACGCACACACCACACACGUGCAGGUGUAUUGUGGAGGGGUGCGCUGAAGGGUUUGCACUAAUGAACAAAGGGCGACACGAGGGGGUAGUUCCUGGCUACGGCUGGCUGGCUAGCUUGCCUCCUAUUGGUGGUAAACAGGGACUAAGUCAAUAAAGCAGCUGUGUACUGUAUACCAACGAUCAAUAUUAGACUACGCUGGGUUCUGGGGGUGAUGUUAGUUGUUGUUUGGUGUUCAACGAGUGAGAAUUGAAAUAUACAGGUCUUGCUUGAUACCCAUGCUGGAUCAGUUGCAACUUCAGUCUCACUUCAAGCACAAGUUGGUUGGUGAAGCGAACACAGUUAUCUGUCUACAUUGAUCAGAGAGAGAAGCUUUGCAAGUAUCGUUGGAUUGGCUGGACGCUCAUCAGCUACUGAUCUACGAUGGCAACGUUUUCAUCCAGUGAUGUUUCUGGGUGUUUAUUUCUCCUGAUGAUGAUAGCGAGCCAUCUUGAGCAUGUUGCUGCGUGCUCCUGUCUACCACAACACACACAACACCACUUCUGCAACUCACAUUUUGUAAUCAAAGCCAGAAUCAAGUCAGAGAAGAUGUUAGUCAAGAAAGGCUACGAUGCUCACAAUCUGCAGAAACUGCCCUUACCAGUGCUGACUAGUGCCCAGAGAUCUUACAAGCUAUGGGUCAGGGAAGUCUACAAAGGACAUCAGUUUAUUGCCGUUGGUAGUCAUCCUGAGAUUGUGACAUCUUACUAUGAAUCAAUGUGUGGAGUGGCUGAUCUGGAGGUCGGCAAAACUUAUGUCAUUAUGGGUCUACUCACCGAUACCAAACUGAAGUUCACCAAUUGUAACUGGAGGGAACCAUGGUCACAACUAUCCAAACAUCAGAGACGAGGUUUAAGAUACUGGUACGAGAAGAACUGUGAUUCAUGUCAGAUUGACACCUGCGGGAAGUUUUCUCCAUGUGGACAGCAAGAGAAGGAGCGUGCAGAGCAAGGAGACAGCUGCUUCUGGGAUCCAAUGACUGACCAAUGUCACAACCUACACUCAUCUUGUGUUAGACAUGAUGGUGGCGCAUGUAAAUGGUUUCAGACUCAUGAACUGAUGACGAGACAUAACUGCACACGACCAAUUCACAAGAUGCCUAGACAUAAUCAUGUUAUUCCUUGAGUUAUGUUGUAAGUCAAUGUACAAUGUAAGCCAUCUUGAGAUAUGACAGGUGUCGUAGUCGAGCCUGUCACAAGUCAACCACAAGUAAGUCAAGUGACAAGCUAUUCAAAUGAACUAUGGCAAAGGCAUUCCUUUGUUACUGUUCUUUCCUCUUACUUGUAGACUUGUGAAAUGACUUAUGAUUUACUUGCGACUAGGCUUGUGAUGAACUCAACUAAACACUGUAAAUUACUAUCAUUACACUGCCAUGAUGUACUGUUUUUAAAUGUUAAGAUCACCUGUAUUACUUUUUGUAAAACUUACACAUAUCCCUCCCACCCUACUACCAAAGAAAAAGACAUUAAUGUAAACUGUUUUUUCCAAACUUUUUAAACUCCCAGCACCCCACUUUCUAUGACAGCCAAAGAUGCACUGUUAUAGCAUUUUACACUUUUUGUAAAAUAUAUAAUACUUUUGUACUUUUUGAACACCAUUUUUUAGUACUACAAAUGUAUGUGCCUUGAAUUUUUUAAACAAAGCCACCAAAACCCAAGGAACUAUAUUUUAACUGUCCGAUUGGUAUCAGUUUAACUUAUAAAUAACUUGUACAGAAAACAAGUCUCAUACGGUAUAGCCUUAUUUCAUUAAGCAAUUAAAAACUAAGCUAUCGGUUGGAUUUACAUGAACUACAUGUAUGUGUUCAAGAACUAAUGGGGACAUUACGGAACAUCAAAUAUCAUCUCUUCGGCAAAGCAAGUGAAAGACACUGUACAUGUCAUCAAAUCUACUCAGUUAAUGAAUCUGGAAUUUGAGGUCAAAAUGUCAUAUCCAAAUUAUGCUGUACUAUCGAAACAGACAGUAUAAUGAAUGGUAUUAUAACACAAAAUGAAAUGACAUUUUCAUUUUCUGGAGUCAGCAUGCUUGAGUCCUCCCUUGAUUAUUUGAAACCUGAUUGUAUGAGAAGCAGAACAAAUUACCUGUACUCCUACUCAUACCCAUGACAAAAUAGUCUUUCUCGCACUCAUACUUAUACAAAUUUGUGCUCAUGGAAACGUACAUGACUUCAGCACUGUAUGCUUCACUGUCUUCAAACAAAUUUCAGUUAAGCUGUUGAUAAUUUCAAUCCUAUGAUCACUGACUACACAGUAUUUAUUUUGUAAAUUGUACUCUAAUGUAAAAUACUUGCUUCUGCUUGUAAGAAAAUUCUUGUGCAUUUUAUAUGCAAUAACAUUGUAAUUUAUGGUCUGAAUAAGUUUCCAACUUUUUAAUGCUGGUAAACUGACUUGAGUUACAGAGCUCGUAUCAGGAGCUUGCGAUACCAUCAUGAUGUCUUUAUCAACUGGCAUUGUCGUUACCCGUCAUGUGACCCAGCUUGGUCACAUGACAGGAGGCGGUCAUACAUGUGGGCCAGCUCGUACCCUCCAUCCGUGUUCAUAUAGGGGCAGUGCCUGUGGAUUUCUACUUCCUCACAGAUUUUGCGCUUCCAGAGGUCGUCCUCCUUGGCGAUGGUCUUAACAUUGUCCGUGAGGCAGUAGAAAUCCGCAGGCAUUGCCCUGAUAUGAACACAGAUGGAGGGUAUGAUCUGGCCCACGUGAACGACCGCCUCCUGUCAUGUGACCAAGCUUGGUCACGUGAUGGGUCAUGUGAGGGCCACAACAAUGCCAGUUGAUAAAGACACCGUGAUGGUGUCGCAAGCUCCUGAUACGAGCUCUGUGACUCAAGUCCCAAAAAGGUAUCUUCUAUUUACUUGACAUGAGAAUGGGACAGGAAACGAACUUUCAUCCUCAAUUAUUAAUUCUGCUUUUCAAAUAAGCAUUGCAUUUCCUAAAAGCUUUUCUUGCAUUCUGUUGCUUUGUACAGCUAAACAAGUAUCAGUUACUUCAUUUAUGCUUAAAGUAUUGGCAUUAUUGUAAACGUACAAUAGAUUUGUUCAAAUGUAUAAUUUGUGGAACACCGUGACCUCGUGUAAGACAACUUUGACAUAAACUUAAUGGAUACAAAAAUCAUUUUAAGAAUUUGUAUCAUUUGAUUAAUAGUGAUAAGUUUAACAGCGGCUGGUUUACAGUUUAUUGUUUUGGCUAUUUUUGUUGCAGCGUACCAUUUCUGCACUAUUUUGUGUCAAUUUUUUUUAAAUGUCAAAUAUAAGAGUACCUCAUUAGAAAAAUGAACAAAUUUUGAAGAAAAACAAUUUCAAUAUGUACUAAGUAAUCCUUAAUAUCUUUAUGACAGGGCAUCUCAAAACCAUUAAUGUUUCCAUCUAUGUGAUUUGGUUGCAUAGUACAAAUUCAACCAUUUGAUUCCAAAAACCUGUUUAAAUUCAUGUAUAAAUUCAUAAAUGUUACAAUGUACAUAAGUAAGCCACAAAUGCUCUUAGUAAUGUCUUAAAUUAUGCUUAAACUAAAGUAUUAUAAUUUAUUAUAUUAUUUGUUCAGUUUCACAGCUAGCUGACUUUGAAUCAUUUCCUUGAAUCUUUAAUUUAAUGUAAUGCACUUCGGUCUGACUUGCAUGUACUUGUCUGUUCAUUUUAUUUGCAAUAUUCAUAUUUAAUAAAGUUUAUGUUUACUGUU